AGAAGAGAGGUUGGUGAGUGGAGAUCAGCAGCCUAUGGAGGAUGGUUGUCCUCUGUAUUCCCGGGAUUCCACCCAGGAAGAUCACACCUAUAAAGAGAAUGAUCAGAAUGAAGAACGGAAAGACAUCAAAGUUGAGCAUAAAGAGGAAGAAGAAGAAGAGAGGUUGGUGAGUGGAGAUCAGCAGUCUAUGGAGGAGGGGGAGAUGAUUAUGGAAAGUAAACAGGAGGAAUCUUCUCUACAUAAGGACACAAAUGGACGCUUUGUUCUGAAAACCUCGAAGGGAGAUACAAUUUUAUCUCCAGAUUUCAAGGCAGAAGAUGAUGACAUCACACAAUGUUCUCCAGGAGAAGAUCCCAUUAUUCCAACCGCACAUCAAAGACCUUCCCAUCUGGAGGGAUCAAUGGAUCCUUCUAAUCCUGAGGAAUCUUCUGAUAAACCCCAUACUAUGACAUCAGAUGUCCAUCUAUCCCAUACUAUGACCUCAGAUAACCAUCUUAGAUCAAUGGAUCCCUCCAAUCCUGAAGAACCUUCUGAUAAAUCCCAUACUAUGACAUCAGAUGUCCAUCUAUCCCAUACUAUGACUUUAGAUGUCCAUCUAUCCCAUACUAUGACAUCAGAUGACCAUCUAUCCCAUACUAUGACCUCAGAUGCCCAUAAAUCCCAUACUAUGACAUCAGAUUUCCAUCUAAGAUCAAUGGAUCCUUCUAAUCCUGAGGAACCUUCUGAUAAAUCCCAUACUAUGACCUCAGAUGUCCAUCUGAGAUCUAACAGUGCGAUUCAAGCAAGCCAUCCAUCCAAUCCCAAGGUGUCUUCUUUAUUUGAUAGGGAUCCCACGGGUAAGCGUACUUAUUCAUGUUCAGAGUGCAGGAAAUACUUUGCUGCCAAAAUAACACUUGUUCGACACCUAAGGAGCCACACAGGGGAGCGUCCUUUUUCAUGUUCGGAGUGCGGAAAAUGUUUCACUAGGAUGGGAAUUCUUCGUACACAUCAGAGAAUUCACACUGGUGAGCGUCCUUUUUCAUGUUCAGAAUGCGAGAAAUGUUUCAUCGAUAAAGCAAAACUUAUUGGACACCAGAAAAGUCACACGGGGGAGCGUCCCUUUUCGUGUUCCGAGUGCGGAAAAUGUUUCACUACGAAAAAGAACCUUCGCAGACACCAGUCAGUUCAUACCGGUGAGCGUCCUCAUUCAUGUUCAGAGUGCGGGAAAUGUUUUGCUCUGAAAGAGGACCUUGGUAAACACCAGAGAAGUCACAUCAGUGAGCGUCCUUUUACUUGUUUAGAGUGCGGGAAGUGCUUUCUUAGGGUUCAUCACCUUCUUAAGCACCAGAGACGUCACACGGGUGAGCGUCCUUUUUCUUGUUCAGAGUGCGGGAAAUGUUUCGCUGAGAACAGCGGCCUUCUUCUACACCAGAAAACACAUACGGGGGAGCGUCCUUUUUCAUGUUCAGUGUGCGGGAAAUGUUUCGCCGAGAACAGCAGACUUCUUAUACACCAGAGAGUACACACAGGGGAGCGUCCUUUUUCAUGUUCAGUGUGCGGGAAAUGUUUUACUAGCAAAAGAGGACUUCUUAGACACCAAAGAAGUCACACGGAUCAGCUUCCUCAUUCAUGUGCAGAGUGUGGGAAAAGUUUCAGUGAUAAAGGAAAACUUCUUAUACACCAGAGAAUUCACACGGGUGACCGUCCUUUUUCAUGCACAGAGUGCGGGAAAUGUUUCAUUGAUAAAGGAAAACUUCUUAGACACCAGAGAGUUCACACGGGUGAGCGUCCAUUUUCAUGUCCAGAGUGCGGGAAAUGCUUCACUUUGAAAGAAAGCCUUCUUAGGCACCAGAGAAUUCAUACCGGCGAGCGUCCUUUUUCCUGUUCAGUGUGCGGGAAAUGCUUUCCUAGGGUUGAUCACCUCCUUUUACACCAGAAAAUACACACAGGGGAGCGUCCUUUCUCAUGUUGAGUGUGCGAGAAAUGGUUUACUGACAAUAGAGGGCUUUGUAUACACCGAAGAAGUCACACGGACGAGCGGCCUCAUUCACGUUUGGAUGCGGGAAGUGUUUCACUGAUAAAGGAAGAGGAUUCCUCACUUCCGGGUCCUCCUCUCUGCUUACCUGAUUGGCCGUGUUGGAGGUCACUGGAGGGUCUAAUAGACUCCAGGCUGACAAAGGAACCCUGGCACCGCCGCCUUUCCCGGGUUCACCCGUCUGACCACGGAGCCCGGGGCCGCUGCAACCGGCGUUCCGCCCCCUCUGGAAACCGAAAGCGACGAGGGGUCCUGAUUUCCGGGUCCUCCUCUCUGCUAACCUGAUUGGCUGCAAUGGAGUCAGUCUAGACUCCAGACUGACAAAAGAGCCCUAGCACCGCCGCCUUUCCCGGGUUCACCCGUCUGACCACAGAGCCCGGGACCGCUGCAACCGGCGGGGGAACCAAUGAUGUCCCCCCCCUGGGAACCAAAAGUGACGAGGGGUCCUGAUUUCCAGGUCCUCCUUUCUGCUUACCUGAUUGGCUGCAUUGGAGGUCACUGGAGGGUCUAAUAGACUCCAGAUCUCUCCAUAAAGAGGACAUGUCAUGGCCCAUGGGAUGUUGUUCAUUCCUUAUGAUAGCAAUAAAGUUAAAACAAAAAAAAUGUAAAAAAAAAAUAUUAAAAAAUUAACCCCUUCAAUA